AUGAUGGUCGGCAGCGGAUGGUAUGAUGUAUCAUGUGCUGCUGCUAUUGAUCAUACCAAUAGAAUUCUUCCAUCCACUACGACUCCAUAUUAUUUGGCACAUUUACAUCCACUUGAUCAAAUUUCAUCCAGUUGGUCUUUUUAUUGUAAUGUUCCUGGAUCGAAAGUUCAAGACCACUCGGUACGAAAUGCUGGUUCCGAUAUUCGACUUGUUCCAAUGAAUAAUGUUUAUAAUUUUCAAGUGGGUAUUCAAGGCGCAGAAGUUGGAAAAAUUCUUGAUUUGGGUACUGUGGAUGAUUUGGUAAAAUCGUAUGGUUGUGAUUUGUAUUCGAGUUUUACUGGAAUUCAAUUUGUGGAUGGAGUGUUGGUCAUUCCAAACAAGUCGUCCACUAAACAAAAUACUCCCAUUGAUCUUUCCAAAAUGACAAGUGAUAUGGCUGAAGUGAAAUUAGGACAUGUGUAUUUGGUUAAGAUUAGUAGAGGCAAUGAAGAUACUGCACUUUUCGCGAAAUUCAUGACCACCUCGGUUGUAACUGAUAACAAUAACCAAAUUCAAACAGUAACCAUGAGACAUCAAACCAUGUAUGUCUAUGUUGAUCCAUCUUCUGGCAGAGGUAAUUGCAAAGCCAUGGAAGACUCUUCAGUUUCUACUGAAGCUGAAACUGCCAUCAGCUUGUCAGUGAUUGCGUUAUUAGUUUCCAUUAUUGUUGGAGUUGGAAAUGUGGUCUUUUUAAUCUACUAUUGUGCAUUUGCCACUAAAAAGAGAGGUGGAGUUUUUACCAAUCUUCAAUAA